CCCCCCUCCCCCCAUGGUCGCCCGCCGGAUCGCUCAGUGGCCCUCGGGCGGCUUCGGCGGCGGCUCACUCUGCCUUCCUUCAGCGCCCCCAGUCCUCACUGCGCCCUACUCCUCGCGGCGCCCUCAGAAUUGUCAAGGCGACCUCCUAGUGACACAAGAGGAGGAGGACGAGUGCCAGCAUGGGAAGCGGCCUGGCAUGGCUGCCCCUUGUCACCGGUUCUCUGCUGCCCCUCACUUUUCUCAUCACGUACGUCUGGUCUGUAGUCACGGGGCAUGUUGAACCGGACUUCCCCUACAUCAGCGCCACGGGGACCUACCCGCCAGAGAGCUGCUUCUUCGGACAGAUGCUCAACAUUGACGCUGUGCUGAUGGCAGCCUUGGUGUGGGCGAGGCACAAGAUAAUCCUCGACUACUGCGCCAAGAACAUUGCCCCGAAGACGCUUCCGUCCAGGAGCAAAGUGGCCUCCUUCUUCGGGUAUGCAGCUUCCCUCGGGAUCUCUUUGGUUGGGAACUUCCAGGCCACCAAUUUCACAAGCAUUCACCUUCUUGGCGCCUGCCUGGCUUUCGGGGUGGGAAAUUUAUACAUAUGGAUGCAGGCGGUGAUGUCGUAUAGUCUGGAGCCGCGAGUGAACAGCCGAGCAGUAUCACAUUUACGUGUCAUCUGCUCUUUCCUUGCCAGCGCCAUGUGUGUCAUAACGGUCGUCUUCAGUUACCUACACGCAAGAGACAACAAAGACGUGUCUUACUGGACAGCAGAGCACAGCUGGAUGAGAGAACGAAACAGCUGGGCCUAUCACAUCGUGGCUACAGCUUCGGAGUGGAUCCUUGCUGGUGCCUUUUACGUUGUCUUGUUAACCCUUGUCCCAGAAUUCAAGCGUGUGACGGUACAGGGGAUGGUGAUAGAGCUGGAGAGAGACCGCAGACAAGUAAGAGGAGACGACAGCCGAAGCACUGGCACGGUCAAUGAGUCCUUCGCGGAGACUGUCAGAUUAUGAUAGAUGCUCCAAGCAGUCUAGUCAAACCCCACAAGAGAUAUAGUGUUACAAGGUAAUUUUAAGGAGUGAAUUCAAAGCCAGGUUAAUGAGCAAUUGAACAACUGAACACUGAAGGAAGCAGCAAAAUGAAUAUUAAUGCUGUACUUAUUCUUUAUGAUGAAUGAUCAGGAAUAUAUUUUGUUCAAAAGUAUAAAAAUGCAUUGCCUAUUUAAAAAAAAAGUCAGAGUACCUGGCAUUAAAAAAAGACAUUAGUAAUAAUAAAAACCCUAUUUAGUCUUUUCCUUAUUAACUUUGUGUAAUUAAGUAGUCUGUCUCAAAUAUGGCUGCUGACCUGUGUAUGGAUGAAUUCUUGUUUUUAAAAGCAUCAGGAACAUGUAAACCUUUGAAAGGUAUUCCACACAAAUGCUUGUCUUCCUUAAUAAAAACUCAUUUAACAUUUGGUAAUAUUUGUUUGUAUUACUUAUUUAUAAUUCAACAUUAAUAACAGUAAAGUCUUCCUAUUGCCAUAAAGAUUGGAGUUCAUAGAUGUAAGUUAAAGACUGCAAACCCAUUUAAUAUGCCUUUUGACCAAACUCACCACUGAAAUGUGACUAUGCUAUUUUUCUGCCUUUUAUUUUACAAUUUAUUUUGUAGCUGGUGCCAUUGUUAAUGUAUUACUCGACUUUUUCCAAUGUGUUUUUAAUGCAUGUAUGAAUCUGCAUUUGUAAAUAAAUGUGAAAAAGUAAAGAUGUGGAUGAAA